ACUGAAAAGCACCAACAACGACAAAUAUAUACGUAUAAAACAAAUCAGCUAAAUUUAUAAAAAUAGUUGGAAGGCAUUAUAUUUUGUUUUUAGAACAGAUGAGUGAAAUAAACACACGCGGCGGUGCAGCGGGCGGCCUUUCCGUGACGGCCAUUGUGAGUACCCCACCACAGCCGGGAGUAGCAAAUCAAGAUGGUGCGGAUGAACGCGCUGGCAGAUGCUCUGCGGAGCAUCAACAAUGCUGAGAAACGAGGCAAGCGGCAGGUUCUGAUCCGGCCCUGCUCUAAGGUGGUGGUCAAGUUCCUCUCCGUCAUGAUGAAGCACGGCUACAUCGGUGAGUUUGAGAUUGUUGAUGACCACCGUGCCGGCAAGAUUGUUGUCAACCUCACAGGGCGGCUCAUCAAGUGUGGUGUCAUCUCCCCGCGCUUUGACGUCAAGAUCAACGCCAUCGAGAAGUGGACCACCAACCUCCUCCCCUCAAGACAGUUUGGGUUCAUCGUGCUCACCACCUCAGGCGGAAUCAUGGACCACGAAGAGGCAAAGAGGAAACACCUGGGAGGAAAGAUUCUUGGAUUCUUCUUCUAAAUAAAAUAAGGAAGUGUA